UAUCGGACGCCACCUACUCUCUGUCCUCUGGUCCCCCUUCUCCCGGACCGCUCCAUGGCCUCUUCUUCUCUCCUCUCCUCUCCGCCGCCGGCGCCGCUGUGUCCGCCACUUCCCCGCGGCGCCCCCACCCUCCUCUCCGCCGCUAAUAGGCAGCCUUUACUAUAUUCAACGCGCCCUCCGCCGCUCGCCAGGGCUAAUAUUCAGACUAGACUCCACUGUGGGGAUGCUAAUGCCAGUGCUUGCAAUAUGAGGUUUUUGAGGGCUGGUGGCUGUAAAUUAUUGGUCGGUUUAAGCUCCAGCAACCGAGAGAGGGGAGAGGCUCUGCGAGCAGUGGGAGGAAGCAAUCUUGAUGAAGGACAAGAGGAGGGUAGUGAUGAAGAUGUUGAGGAUAUUACCGAUGAUGCACUUCGGGCUACAAUCAGAAAGAGCAAGAAGGUCUUGGCAGUGCAGCGGAAACUACUUCAGCAGAUUGUAGAAAGAAGGGAACUUGUUUCAUCUAUAAAGGAUAGUGUUGUUAACACAGAACAGGAGCCAGUUUCUAAUAGUUGGAGCAAUAAUUCUUUAUCAGAUGCAGAUGUUGGUGGUUCUUUCUCAAAUCUCAAUAUAGAUUCGACUGGAGCAGAGCGUCAUAGAACAUACAACAGUAACAACACUGGGAGUUCUGCAGACAGCUUCACCCAAUCAGCUGAAGUUGGUAGAAGUGAAAGUCAACCUACUACCUCUAGUGAAGAAUCAUUUUAUGUGGAGGAGGAACCCAAAGAUGGUUUGGAAGUUCUUGGAUUAUUAAACGAAGUUGAUUUGGAAAUACCUCAGUCUGAAAUUAUGGCACCAGUUCUCCCUGAGGCCUCUGAAUCUUCUAAUGUAAAAGACGAGAAGCACGAGGAUCUGGCGGAAGCAAAGGUAGUUGGUUUAAGUGAAGAACAAGAGGUGGCACCUGACGAAGAAUACUUGGAUUCUCCUCCUUUGGCUGGGGCAAAUGUCAUGAAUGUCAUAGUAGCAGCUGCAGAAUGUGCUCCUUGGUCCAAAACAGGUGGGCUUGGUGAUGUUGUUGGGGCUCUACCAAAGGCUUUGGCUCGGAGAGGACAUCGUGUUAUGGUAGUGGCACCAAGGUAUGGGAACUAUGCUGAAGCCCAAGAAGUAGGAGUACGGAAAAGGUACAAGGUUGAUGGGCAGGACAUGGAGGUAACCUAUUUUCAUGCCUACAUUGAUGGUGUGGAUUUUGUUUUUCUAGAUAGCCCUGUUUUUCGUCACAUUGGAAAUGAUAUUUAUGUGGGAAAAAGAACGGACAUUUUGAAACGGAUGGUUCUAUUCUGCAAGGCAGCUGUGGAGGUUUGUUUUCUUGUUCCAUGUGGUGGUGUCUGCUAUGGAGAUGGAAAUCUGGUUUUCGUUGCAAAUGAUUGGCACACUGCACUGUUACCUGUUUAUCUGAAGGCAUACUACCGUGACCAUGGAUUGAUGAUUUAUGCCCGAUCUGUUCUGGUGAUACACAACAUAGCAUACCAGGGCCGUGGUCCAGAAGAUGACUUCGUCUUUGUUGAUUUGCCCAGUAACUACAUGGACCUUUUUAAGCUAUGUGAUCCUGUUGGAGGUGACCAUUUCAAUAUUUUUGCUGCUGGCUUAAAAACUGCUGACAGGGUGGUUACUGUUAGCCAUGGUUAUUCUUGGGAGCUGAAAACACCAGAAGGUGGUUGGGGUUUGCAUGGGAUCAUUAAUGAGCUUGACUGGAAAUUCCAGGGCAUUGUAAAUGGGAUCGAUACAAAAGAUUGGAACCCUAAAUCUGAUGUACACCUAAAAUCUGAUGGUUACACCAACUACUCGCUCGAAACUCUUCAGAGUGGCAAGGCCCAAUGUAAGGCUGCUCUACAGCAAGAGCUUGGCCUGCCAGUCCGCGACAAUAUUCCUGUCCUUGCUUUCAUUGGGAGGUUGGACCAUCAGAAAGGUGUUGAUCUCAUUGCGGAGGCCAUGCAUUGGAUUGUUGGUCAGGAUGUGCAGUUGGUAUUGCUGGGCACCGGAAGACCAGACCUCGAAGAGAUGCUGAAGAAUUUCCAGAGGCAGCACGGUGACAAUGUUAGAGGAUGGGUUGGGUUUUCUGUGAAGAUGGCACACCGUAUCACAGCAGGUGCUGAUGUCCUACUGAUGCCAUCAAGGUUCGAGCCUUGUGGUCUGAACCAGCUCUAUGCCAUGAUGUAUGGGACAGUCCCUGUGGUUCAUGCGGUUGGUGGCCUUAGGGAUACUGUACAUCAAUUUGAUCCUUAUGGGGAGACAGGGCUUGGGUGGGCCUUUGAGAGGGCCGAGGCAAAUCGACUGAUCGAUGCACUGGGAAAUUGUUUAAGGACAUACAGAACUUAUAAGAGCAGUUGGGAGGGGCUUCAGAAGCGAGGGAUGAUGCAAGAUCUCAGUUGGGAUAAUGCUGCUCAUCGUUAUGAGGAAAUACUUGUUGCUGCCAAGUAUCAAUGGUGAUCCAACAAAGCAUGUUCUCUCUGGUUCUCGGCCUAUCAGUCUGCAACUAUCUGCCACUGAUUCAGAUGUUAUAGGGAUGCCACCAGGCAGUAGCACAGUUGCAGGUUGGCCAUCUUUUUGGCCUCUCUUUUCUUUCAUUACGAGCAAGGGGGAAUUCACGACCUGAGUAGAUGUCCGAUAAUUUAUUUCUUCAAGUUUUUUUUUUUUGGGUAAAAGGCAAUUCUCUGUAAUUUUGACUGUUAAAUUGUCUGAAGAUUGUAAAAACCCUUGGUUGAACCAUGCGUGGACUUGAUGGUGGAUCUAUAUUUUCUCAGUAAAACUUGCAUUAAACUGUUUGAAACUUUGAGCUGUAUAUGCUGAGCAGAA